GGAAAAAGAAAAAGGAAAGUGAGUUUGAAGGAGAGAUAAAAAGAGACUGGUAGUUGUGUUGUGUUGUAUCUUGUUGAGUGGUGUGUGACAAAAUAUUAAAAGCUUCUCUAUUACUCUUUUUCUUCUUACUAAAACAUUCACUUCUUAAACUCCCUUUAUUCUUUUUUGUUGCUUUUUCUAGUAUCAAAUAUGGGUUGCGUAAACAAAAACUUGCUCACAUUGAUAUUGGUGGUGGUGGUGUUUGUUUAUGGAGGGACCGGGGCCGCGGCUCAGGUUCACCACGUUGUCGGAGACGAUCGAGGAUGGGAGCUCGCUUCCGAUAUCGCUUCGUGGGCCGCUGGCCGGACCUUUGUCGUUGGGGACUUCCUCUGGUUUGCCUACUCUAGUGGCAUAGACAAAGACAAGAUAGUAGAGCUAAAGAGCAAAGACGAAUUUGAGACGUGUGAUGUGACAAAACCCAUCAAGAUGUAUGACAACGGCAUUGAUAAAAUCUCUCUACAACAGGAAGGGAUCCGCUACUUCGCAAGUGCUAAUCCUGAGAGUUGUAAGAAAGGAUUGAAGCUUCCUGUGGAGAUCAUGUCCAAAUCAACGGCUGCGAUUCAAUCAUCAUCAUUGACAACAACAUCAUGGAAUGCUGCCAUGGCUCAAGAACCCACUGCACCAUCUUCUUCAACUAAGAUUUGUGGGCCCACUCUCUUGAUAAUUGCUGCACUCAUUCUUAAUUGUAUGGGUGUCUAAUUACCAUUUUUUGUUUCGUCUUAAAAUGGUUUUUGUGGUAAUCAGGGAAGCUGAGUGUUGAGUUGUGAUCAAGUACGUAGUUGCUAUUUAUACACAAGCGGAGGAAGUAUAUUUUAUGUAAUUUGAGGUAAUAAACUUUCAGAAACGGAGGAAGUAUAUUUUAUGUAAUUUGAGGUGUUUCAUGUUUGACUA